AUGUCUCUUGACAGACUCCGGUCAUUUCACGCCGAGCUGGCGGAGGCCAAGAGCGUGCUGAGUCUUGUCAAGUCGAAAAGUCAGAAAUGUGGACCUUUGAAGCCACCCACUUCGCUAGGCUCAAAGCAAAACAUGGAAGAUAAAUCGUGCCGAAGCUCUCUGGACGUAGAAUGCGGGUCUACCAUCUCCGACACUGAGAUCGGACAGCCUAUGUCUUCAGAUUCCACUGCCAGCAUGCCAUCCAUCAACAAGCUGAACAGAGCGGCAGUAUUCGCGGAAUAUGCAAAUCUUUGUGCUACACGACGUGAUCCAGCCACACGAGGAUUAGUAACGGAUCGUGAGCUCGAAGAAGCACUCGAGGCUUGCAAGCGCAUCGACACCAGAGACGAACAGACGAGAGCUUUGGCCAAAUUCUCCUCUGCCAUACAGAGUGCGUCGAAGGAACAUGUUGUACACCCUAAACCUAAUCUAGAGCACGUCGAGCAAAUGCCAAUGCCCAACUUUACUCGUUACCGCGCCGAGAACUCUGGCAUUUGCCCUCCUGCAGCGUCGCCCGCUGCACAACCCUCUCCAAUAGCUAGCCUGCAGCCUAAAGCAUCUUCGAACCAGAGCGUCGACAACCAGAGCCGUCGCAGUUACCUCGCGCAUUACCCUCCCCCCACAUCAGGUCCUAAGACCCGAAACGACAUCUUCAACGCUCAGCCCACACCACAGAUCCUUCCCCAGACCACUGCUGUCCAUUCCGCGACUCCAAAGUCGGAAACCUAUCCUCGCGACUUUGUGAAUGAUGCAAUGAAAGCCUUGAGCACGGAUGCAAAGCCCCUCGAGACUUUAAGGAAGAAAUACAGCGAAGAGACGAUGAAAAGGAUGGGGUUCUCGGAAGAGGCGAAAAGCAAUUCAGAGCAAGCUUCCUGCCGCACUUCACCCACCCAACUUUUCCAGGACGUGACAGAGCAAAGGAAAAAUGGGGAUUGGCGUGCUGACAUCGAUACACAAAAAGGACUCGAUAAUGAAGACUGGGACGUCAUUCAUUCCGGAAACCCAGGAGGGAAUGAAGUAGAUGUGAAAAAGGAGGAUGCGGUGGAUGACGAGUGGGAAGUGGUCAAUAAAGAUGAUAAGAUGGACUAA